UCUCGGGUGAUGUUUUCACAUGUACCCUCUCCCAACAUCCUAAGAGUAUUAUACAGGAUGUCCUCCUCUUGUGCCAGUGUGUUGCCCACCUCCUUGUUGCGCUCUACAGCCUAUAUUGGAGGCUCUUGGAUUAGUUCCUCUGAUUCUGCUACUUUCCCAGUGCUGGAUCCUGCCACUGGCACAGAACUGGUUCAGGUUACUGACUGCGGGCCUGCAGAAUGCAGGGAGGCAAUAAAAGCUGCUUCAGGGGCAUUCCAGACCUGGAAAGAGGUGCCCAGCAAGGAACGAAGCAACUUGUUGCGCAAAUGGUAUGACCUGAUGAUCCAGAACAAAGAAGAUCUUGCCAAGAUUAUCACAGCAGAAAACGGCAAACCUAUAAAGGAAGCACUUGGUGAAAUUGUAUAUGCUGCAGGCUUUCUAGAGUGGUUCUCUGAAGAGGCUCGACGCAUAUAUGGAGAUGUAAUCCCCAUGCAGCUGAAAGAUCGAAGAGCUUUGGCCCUUAAACAGCCUAUUGGAGUUGCAACCAUCAUUACCCCAUGGAAUUUCCCCAGUGCAAUGAUCACAAGAAAGGUUGGGGCUGCUCUGGCCGCUGGGUGUACAGUUAUAGUGAAGCCUGCAGAAGACACCCCACUAUCUGCAUUAGCACUUGCAGAGCUUGCUCACCAGGCUGGCAUUCCAGGUGGAGUGUACAAUGUCGUACCAUGUUCCCGGCAGAAGGCCCCAAAAGUUGGAGAAAUUCUCUGCACAGAUCCUUCAGUUGGCAAAAUUUCUUUUACUGGGUCCACUGCUACAGGAAAGAUUCUGCUUCGCUAUGCAGCAGAUUCCAUAAAGCGGGUGUCUAUGGAACUUGGAGGACAUGCUCCAUUCAUUGUCUUUGAUAGUGCAGAUGUUGACAAAGCAGUAGCUGGUGCUCUUGCUUCCAAAUUUCGAAAUUCUGGACAGACUUGUGUCUGUUCAAACAGAUUCCUGGUUCAGAAAGGAAUACAUGAUGUUUUUAUAAAGAAGCUGUCAGCACUGAUGAAGAAAGAUCUGCAUGUAGGCAAUGGAUUUGAAGAAGGCAUCACUCAGGGUCCACUCAUUAAUGAAAAAGCUGUAGAGAAGGUGGAUCAGCAUGUGAAAGAUGCCGUGUCUCAAGGUGCUUGUAUUGAAGUGGGAGGCAAACGAUCCAGUGUUGGGAAGAAUUUUUAUGAACCUACUUUGAUCAGCAAUGUUACUCCACAGAUGAUUUGCACAAGAGAAGAAACAUUUGGACCUCUAGCACCUGUCAUUAAAUUCGAUACUGAAGAGGAAGCCCUUGCCAUUGCAAAUUCAGCAAAUGUUGGCUUAGCAGGUUACUUUUAUUCCCAGGACCCAGCACAGAUCUGGAGAGUAGCUGAACGCUUGGAAGUGGGAAUGGUUGGUGUUAAUGAAGGCAUAUUUUCCGCGGUUGAGUGUCCGUUUGGUGGAGUCAAGCAGUCUGGCCUUGGCAGAGAAGGAUCUAAAUAUGGCAUUGAUGAGUAUUUAGACGUUAAAUAUGUCUGUUAUGGAGGACUAUGAUGUAUGUUAUGAGCAUGCCUUUAAUUUGCUAAGCACAAUGAGUCAGUAUGCCAUCUGAACAAAGCUUUUACAAUGUGCUCUCUCCAGAGUUAAGGUG